AUGGAUCCGAAGAAAUCUUUGGCAUCGAAAGAACCGUCAACUUAUACGGCCAGCGAUGAUUUGAGCGAGUCAUUAGAGGAGACUCCGAAGAAAAAUGGAUUAAAAGGAAUGCUAUUUGAUUUUAGAGACGGAUUCAAGGAGAGAAUUGUUGAAGAAGGUGACAAUAGCAGUGACAUGAGUGACCUUGAAAAAGCUAAUGUGAGAGCUGCAAAGACGCCGUUGAAAAGGGAGUUGAACUCUAGACAUAUACAGAUGAUCGCCAUUGGUGGAGCUAUUGGUACUGGUUUGUUUGUGGGUAGUGGUAGUGCAUUGGCAAGCGGAGGUCCUGCUUCUUUGAUCAUAUGUUACUUUUUUACAGGAAUCAUGAUUUUUUGCACUAUUCAAGCCUUGGGAGAACUGGCGGUGGAGUUCCCAGUUUCCGGAUCUUUUCUUAUACUUUGCAGUAGAUUCGUGUCUCCUGCGUGGGGUUUCGCCGUUGCAUGGACCUAUACAAUACAAUGGCUCACAUUACUACCUUUGGAAUUAGUGGCUGCAGCAAUCACCAUAAAAUUCUGGACUUCGAUCAGUUCAGCAGUGUGGGUGUCCAUAGUCUAUGCUUGUAUCGUUGUCAUCAACAUUUGCAGUAUAAAGAUGUUUGGUGAAAUUGAAAGUGUGCUCUCCUUGAUAAAAAUCUUUGCUGUGGUAGGCUUUUGCAUUUUGGGUAUUAUUAUGGACUGUGGUGUGCCUAGUGGUGAGUAUAUUGGAGGUAUGUAUUUCCACAAUCCAGGUGCUUUCAAUCAUGGCUUCAAAGGUUUGUGUUCAGUGCUUGUUACAGCAGCUUUUUCAUUUGGAGGAACUGAACUAAUUGGCUUAACUGCUGCUGAGACUGCCAACCCUAGAAAGACUCUACCAAAGGCUUCUAAACAAGUGGUUUGGAGAAUUGUGCUCAUUUAUUUGAUUUCGUUGAUAAUGAUUGGAUUCUUGGUUCCUUACAAUGAUUCACGUCUUAUGAAUUCAUCUUCAUCGAGUGCUUCUGAUUCGCCUUUCGUCAUUGCUAUUGAAAAUGCAGGAAUCAAGGUGCUUCCAUCUAUUUUCAAUGCAAUUAUCUUGAUCUCUGUGGUCUCUGUGGCUAACUCAUCAGUGUUUGCAUGUUCUCGUAGUGUUGCUUCUCUCGCCAACCAAGGAUUUGCUCCUAAACUUUUGGGCUAUGUGGAUAGAAAUGGUAGACCAUUAGUAGGUAUUGUGAUUUCUUUGCUAAUGGGUCUACUUUGCUAUCUUUCUGUGACACCAAACGAGGCUGAAGUGUUCAAUUGGCUUAUGGCCAUCUCGGGACUUUCCUCGGUGCUUACAUGGGGUACUAUAUGCCUUUCACACAUUAGAUUUCGGAAUGCCAUGAAGAUACAAGGCCGUUCUACGGAGGAAUUACAAUACACAUCUAUAGUUGGUACACUUGGUUCAUGGAUAGGCUUGGUACUGAACGUUUUAGUGUUGAUAGCACAGUUAUGGAUUUCUAUUGUCCCAAUAGGAGCAAACCCUAGUGCGGAGGUGUUUUUCCAAAACUACUUAAAUGUGGUAGUGAACCUUGCAUUACUUAUUGGAUAUUGCAUCUGGAAAAGGCAUGGAGGACUUAAGAUGUUGUGGAUUCCUGCCAAGGAUAUAGAUCUUUCCUCAGGAAGAGAGAACAUAGAUAUGGAACUUCUCAGACAGGAAAGAGCUGAAGAGUCUGCCAUGAUGCAGACCAAACCUUGGAUAUACAGGAUUUAUAAAUUUUGGUGCUAG